CAAACUGACCUGCGUCAGCUGUACUGCUGUAGUGAUUUGUAUAUCUAUAUUACAUACGUUGUUUUGUAAGGGAGACAAGGUGCCAACGAUGUUGUGGGCGUUAGUUAUUUGCGGGACGUUGCUGUUAAAAAUAUAAAAUAACACUGCAAGGGCGUCACGUAGAUAUAUCGAAAGACGGAGACAUUAGGUAUUUCAUGUAAAUGUUCUCUGCAAUGUUGGUGAUGCCAAAUUAAUAUCGUACACGUGAACAUUAGUAUCGUCUCUAACCUUGGAAUGCUGUUAACAGGGAAAGAUGGAGUCUCGUCCCCAACAAAUAUUUGCAGAUCGUACAUAUUACAUAUUACCAGCCCGUAUCGGCAACACAAGACUAACUGUAUUGAGAAAUAACAUUCAAAAAAUGGGGGGAACUGUGACAAAGUGUGCAGAAAAAAUGGACAGUUCUCGUAUUCUUAUAAUUGUUGACGAAUCUUUCCUUAAUAAACCAGAUAAGUGUUACGAGAUUCUGAAAAGUAUGCAUGUAGACUGCUUUCAUGUGGAAAUAGUGACUACGAAAUGGCUCAGCAGCUGUUUGAAGGAACGCAAAUUACUAGACACAGAACCGUUUAUGUUACAUCUAGAGCCCGAACAUGGUGAAAAAAAGAACAAUGGAGGUUCCAACAUUAGUCAGAAUCAACCAAGUAUCGAACGUGAAUCGGCACUGAGAACCAAUCUAGCAAGUGAUGAGCGGUGCAUGGAUGAGCCAGCCACGCAGUCGUCACCACCGAAGAAGCAAAAGACAAACACUGAAAAAUUUGCUGCUUUACAAACACGUGAUAAAGAGGUGUUGUAUAAUGGGAAUAUUAUUGCUGAGUUAGAGAAAUUGUCGAGCACAUUCAGAAGCUGUGGAGACCAAUGGAGAGCACAUGGAUAUGAUAAAGCAAUUGCCUCUAUUAAGUCACAUGGAAAAAACAUUAACACCUAUGAGGAAGCUAUAUCCUUGCCAGGAAUUGGAAAGAAAAUGGCAGAAAAAAUUAUGGAGAUCAUCGAAACUGGAAAGCUUCAGAAAGUUGAUGAAGUUUGCAAUAGCGAAAAAUCAAAAAUUAUCAGUUUAUUUACACAAAUAUGGGGUGUUGGACCAGCAAUAGCACAGAGUUGGUAUGCACAGGGUUUUCGGACUUUAGAGGAUCUUCCUUCUAAGGCCAAUCUGUCAAAGCAACAGAAAAUAGGACUUCAUUACUUUGAAGAGCUACAGUGUAGAAUCCCUCGUGAAGAAGUGGAAUGUAUUGGAAACAUUGUAAAGGAGAAUGCCUUAGCAAUUGAGACAGACAUCUCCGUCAUACUCUGUGGUUCUUACCGUCGCGGAAAGCCAACAUGUGGUGACAUAGAUGUUCUCCUGCUUGUGGAAGUGAUCUCAAACAAUUUUUUAGUGGAAUUAUUGAAGAGGCUCAGAGCAUGUGGACUGGUUACAGAUGACCUUAUGAAUAUAGAAGAGAGUGGAGGACAUAAGAAAUACCUUGGCAUCUGUCAGUUACCAGGUGGAAAGCACCGUCGUCUUGACAUAUUUGUUGCCCCAAAGUCUGAAACUGCAACAGCUUUGAUGCACUACACAGGUUCUGCAUUAUUCAAUCGUGCAAUUAGGCUUCUGGCUGUGGAAAAGGGAAUGUACCUUUCUGAACAUUGCUUGAUGAGUGAUGUUGUGAGAGAGGGCUCAAAAAUCAUAAAUGGACAUAUUGUUGACACACCUACAGAAGAGUCAGUUUUCCUGCAUCUCGGUUUGCCUUACCGACGGCCUGAGGAAAGAGAUCAGUGAACAUUAGAAGAACAUCUUGUAAUCUUAAUAUAUUACUUUCAUAUUGCAUUAUCUGUGGAUUGUGGUAUGUUCUGGAAAAUGUUGGCAUGCAUAGUUGACUAGUCAGUGUAAAGAUCAUUCUUUUAGUCUGUUUCUUCUCAGCAGAGAGUAUCAAAUUACUGUGGGCUGAAGAAGGAAAAUUUUGGAUUUUUCACAGUGUUGAUGAAAUAAUAUGAAUACAUACAGGUGAUAAAUAUUAUUGUUAUUUUCAUUUGUCAUAAUAAAUAUUUAAAAGAAGUUAAACCUUA